AUGAGUCAUCGACGGGAUCACGCGCUCCCGGAGCAGUCCACGCCCCCGCGAACCAGCUCCUCGGUGCCAGCCACGCACAAGGCCACCGCCUUCGCAGGCGCCACCAACGCAGCCGGCGCCCCCGCUGCCGCCCUGCGCUUGUCCCAACUGCCGUGCGCCGCAGCCACCCAGGGCGCCCCUCCCCCCGCCGGCGCGGCGCUCGUCGACCGCUCGCAGGGCCGCCGGUCCUCCCAGGACCGCCUGCGCUUCGCGGACCGGUCCCAGCGCGGCGGGCGCCAGCAGCGGGGCCGCCCCGACGCUCGCACCGCGCAAAACGACGACGCUGGGGCCGACGCGCCCUCGCACGGCAUCGACGGCGGUCCCCCGCCGCCGAGCGCGUCGCGCCGCGCGUCUGCGUCGUUCGCCGGCAAGGCCGCCGCGGCGGGACCGGCGCCGCCGGAAGCGGCUGCGCUCGGAGUCGACGGCUUGAUGUUUGAGCCGCACGGCAGCCCUGCGGCGGCGCGCGGCGUGCGCGGCCCCGAAGACGGGCUCCCUGCGGCCCCUCGCGUCGGCGGCGGCGCGCCGCGCUCGGCCGUCGUGAUGUGCCACGGCGAUGCGCUGUCGCCGCGUGGCGGGCAGCCCGGGUCGCGGGUCGCUGCGGAAGCGAAGGCCGCGACGCUGCGGCCCGACGCUUCGGGCGUUCUCGGCUCCUUCGGUCGGUCCUUCACGGCCCCGCGCACCUCCCUGGACCGGCGCUCGCUGUCGACUCUGCGGGCACUCAGCACGUCCACGAGCCGCCGCUCCUCGACGCAGAAGACCGGCACCGUCUCCCCCGCCGGCUCCACGGAAGUCGCGCUGCAGCGCGCCGCGAGCGGCAGCAAACACGCCCCCUCCGUGGCUCUUGAGGUGUCGCGCAGCGCGCUCCUCGCCGCGCUGCGCCAGAUGGCCGCUGACGCCGCGCUGCCGGCCCCGGCGGAGUCCGCGGCGGAGGCGAAGAAGCGCUCGUGGCUGUCGGCGAUCCGCGGCGUGCACGUGCAGCUCGGCGAGGGGUGCGGCCGCUACGACACGCGCAAUGCGUAUUUCCUAGUCGGGCCGAAACGGCGCGUGCUGCUGUCGGACGUGCGCGGCCUCGCGCGGCUGUUCUACGCGGCGGUCAACGCGGAGCAGCGGCGCGACGGCACGGUGUCGCGGGCGAUGCUGGUGGGUCUCGCGCAGCGGCAAGGCGCGAAGCACCUCGGCAUGGCCGCGGGGGUCCUGAAGCGGGCCAUCGCGGAGCCGACGUCGGCGCUGGGCGAGGCGCGGCCGUCCGUGACGCUGCGCGAGCUGCUCGCCGCCGCGUUCCACCCCGCCACGCCUACGGAGCUGGCUCUGCUGAGCUGCGAGUGCCUCGGGGCGUCCCUGGGCGAAAGGCAGCUCGGUACGUCCGCGGUCUCGCCCGCGGCCCGUCCCCGCCGCGCGACCCCGGCGCAGCCACGUCAGCUCGUCAUUCUGUCAGACCGACGCAUGCUGCCCCCGCUCCCGGCGCGCAGGCCUCACGAGCGAGGAGUUCAAGGCGCUGGCGUACUUCUACGCUGCGCUGGAGCGCGAGACGCGGGACGCCCUGCGCCACGGCGACACCGGGGUGCCUGCGUGCGCCCUCGCGGACAUUGCGCUGGCCGUGCACGACCUGCACGACAGCGCGCACAUCCGCGUCCUCCGGCAGCGCGUGCGCACGCUCGAGAGGCGCCACGCGGGGGGGCGUCUCGACUUCUUCGGCGUCGUGGACUGGUGGAAAAACAUGAAUGGCUACUCCGGCGCGCCGCUCACCCUGGACGACGUCCGGCGCAUCGGCGGGGACGUCGAGGUCCUGCGCGCUACGAUGAAGUCCGUGGCGACGCAGGUCGCGCCGCGCGUGUCCAGCGCCGUCGCUGA